AUGAACUCGGGUCAGAGAACCGCCAGGCGGCUGGUCGCAUCAUCGAGUAAGUCUGGUCUCAUACGACUGUUGGCCACUCUAACUCAUUUGCAGCCCNGCACGACACCAGAAUCCGUCUGCAACUCUUGCCUCGCCCGGAUAUCUCAAUACCGCUCAGCAUCUACUGCCGCAGCUGUCGCUGCUGAAGUAUCGACCUCGUCGCAAGCCUCACAGAAUGCAGCUGGUGCUCCAGCUAUCCGACCAGCAUAUCAGCUACGCACUGGCGUAGUACUAUCACGACCUCCUGUUUUGACACGCGCCCUUCACCCCUUCGAAAAAGCCUUCUUCCUCUACCAAAAACGUCUGAACGAACGUCUGGCACUUCCUUUCACACGCUACUUCUACUACAAGAAGGGAACACCAGGAGAACGUGAAUGGAAGCGCAAGAUACAGCUGAGAAAGACUCCUGCUCGUGAUGUUGGUGUCUACAAUGCAUACAGCGAGUCUGGCUGGAACGAUGAGGUUUUGGUCAACGACAAGACCAGCGAGCCCGAAUCACAAGUGGAGGCUUUGAUCAGAGAUGCCGAGGGAACAGAUGGCGAAGCAGGAGCCAAGAGAGAGACUAGCCAGGACAUUGUUGUGCAACGGCCAUUGCCCAGAGUCACGGAGCAGGAUCAGAAGGGCGAUCAGACCAGUUUGAACAGACUGCUUGACAGAACCUUGUAUCUGCUGGUCAAGAAUAAGAACGGUGUCUGGAGAUUCCCCGAGGACGAAAUCAAGGGACCCGAAGGCCUGGACCAGGUCAGUCAAACACGGCGGCGGAGCAAACACGUUCAACUACUAACAAUCCNNCAGGCUGCCGAGCGUAUUCUUGUACAAGCAGGAGGUAUCAACAUGAACACAUGGGUCGUUGGAAACGCACCUAUUGGUCACUACUCUGGAAACUUCAAGAAGACUAUCACCAACACGGAGAAGAAGGUAGAGGAGAUCGGCGAGCGUACCUUCUUCAUGAAGGCUCGUAUCAUGGCUGGCCAGGCCAACCUCAAGGCCAACACAUACGGCGACAAGGAGUUCAAGUGGCUCUCGAGCGAAGAGAUUCAGCAGACCGUCACUCCCAAGUACUGGAGUGCUGUUGCCAACAUGCUCACAGGAAGAUAG